CUUUGGGGUGUCGCGGGACGGAGAACGGACGUGCCCACAAAAGCUUGCUGCAUUGGGUAGGGGCUCCGCCAGCCCCACGCGCGACCGUUGGUUGCUUUUUCCGCAAUGUAUAGCAUAGUUUGCAAUUAUGAACUGCAUGAGACUCGCAUCAUUUCUUGGAUGGCGGGCACAAUCGAAAAACAAUCAAAGGGGGAGAAUCAGAUGGCGGAGGUUGCAGAGUCGUCGCCUAUCGCUUGUCAUCAAACUUCAUUGUCCAUGCGAGCAAAGCAAAAAAACAUGUUUGCUUCAGCACAGCCAGGUGGGGCGAGCGACUUGGCAUGUCCACUUUACCACGCAGCACAUCCCAGUGCAACAUAGCAGGGGAGAUCGCGACGCCACACUCCCUUCCCUAUCCAAAGUCACAGACGAGUGCCGAGUGUGGUGGUGACGAUGAGGUGUGUAUAAUUAUGAAUAUGUAUGCGCUACGCACUUCUAGGCUCUCAUUUUCAGAAGGCGGAAUUACCAGCCACCAAACGACAUCCAGCAAUAGUGUAUGCAAUGGAUGCCACAGAUUACACAGCUGGGCAGGAUGGACGCUGCUGGCUUCUGGAGCUGGUGAAGGAGACACAAUUUACGCAUGUGUAGCAAGGGAGCAAUACACUGUACACGCAUUUAUAUGUACCAUUGUAGACUGCGGAAUGCCGACGUCUUUUUCCAUAAAUAACAGGAGCUGCGUCCCUUCAAUGGUGUUGCUGAUAUGCUCGUGUGCCGUGUGCCAACGUGGAUCAAAAAUGGGUGCCGUGCGGUUAGCUGCUAGAUUUCAAAUAGACAGCAGACCCCAGUUGAAACGAAUAUACAUGGGUCCCCAGCCCCGGCUACUGCUUGAGCUUGCAUCGAGGUCAACUGUCCGCAUGUUACUUGUCCCCAUAUGUAGUCACCUAUCCCUGGCGCGGCCUUGCAGAGUGGCCGGGUGUAGCGCUGGAUAAGAGGUCGCAACUCGCGAGAGGGUUUCGGGUGGCACAGCCUCUUUUUCGUCG